UCCUUUGAUCAGGCAGGCACAGGAAGCAUGAUUUGUUAGCACAGUCUAAGCAUUAGACAGCGUUUUGUAAAAAACAAAACAAAAAAAGAAUAUAUAUACAUAUAUAAAUAACUUGCUCGGCAAAGGGGGAUAGUUCAUAACUUCAUUAAGGGCUACCCCAACUUCCACAAAAGCAGGAUGGAUCCAGCUUUACUCAGAGAGAGGGAGCUCUUCAAGAAGAGAGCCCUCUCCACCCCGGCAGUGGAGAAGCGUGCUGCUCCUUCAGAAUCCUCCUCUUCCAAGAAGAAGAAACCUAAACUUGACCAGGGAGGGUCUACAGGAUCCAAGCAAGCUUCAGAUGGAUCAUUUAACUUGAAAGCACUCUCUGGAAGUUCAGGGUACAGGUUUGGAGUUCUGGCCAAAAUAGUAAACUACAUGAAGACACGCCACCAGCGUGGAGACACCUACCACUUGAGCCUGGAUGAAAUUUUAGAUGAGACAAAAUUGCUGGAUAUCGGGUUGAAACAGAAACAGUGGCUCAUGACUGAGGCCCUGGCAAGCAACCCCAAAAUCGAAGUGAAGGAUGGGAAGUAUGCUUUCAAGCCUAGAUACCACCUGAAAGAUAAGAAAGCUCUACUCCGACUACUGGACAAACACGACCAGCUGGGUCUAGGGGGAAUACUGCUAGAUGACAUUGAGGAGGGGCUACCCAAUGCACAAAAGGCCAUAAAGGCUUUAGGAGACCAGAUUAUUUUCAUAAGCAGACCUGACAAGAAGAAGAUACUUUUCUACAAUGAUAAACACUGUCAAUUUGUGGUGGAUGAAGAAUUUCAGAAGCUGUGGAGGAGCAUUCCUGUAGAUUCAAUGGAUGAAGAGAAGAUUGAAGAUUACCUGAAGAGGCAGGGCAUUUCCUCCAUGCAAGAGACUGGACCAAAGAAAAUGAUACCAAUGCCAAAGAGGAAGAAGUCGGCUUCCCUGAAGAAGAGGAGAUUCAAAACUCACAAUGACCACUUGGCUGGAGUGCUGGAAGACUAUUCUGAAGGAGUUCCUGCCAAGAAGUGAGAGGCUGGUCAGAGAAAGAAGAUGGACAAUGGGAACGGAACCUCACAAGCCCCCAAUUUGGACUGGAAUAGUGAAUGGUCUUGAGAGGACUUUUUAUUCCUUGGAAGGGCUGUGUUCUUGAACAGAAACAUGUGUGCUGGCUUUUUUGUUGUUAAACUGGAUGAGAAACAUAUAAGUGUGGAUAUACCUGAGGAUCUGUAAAUACUUUUGUUAUUUUUGUAAAUUUUUUUUAUUUUGUAUCUUGCCAGUUACACAUAAAAAUGAUGUUACAAAACAUAACUUGGAACAGUGGGUGCUUGUAGCAUAUACUUGUACUGUAAUUUUACUGAAAAUGAUUUGUUAUAAUAUUAAGAAUAAAAAGAAAAAAGUUGAACCUUCUUUUU